AUGACUCGGUCCCACAAUGCAGAACAUCAGAGUAUGCAGAAGUUAUAUCUGCAUCUUUAUGAAGGCGGAUUUUAUUUGCCCACUAUGGAAAGCGAUACUGCAGAACAUGUGAGAAGAUGUCUCAACUUCCUGACACACGGAUACCUAAUCAGAGCACCCCAUACCUUGCUACAUAUCGUGGUAACAUCUUGGCCGUUUCACAGCUGGGCAUUGGAUAUCAUAAGACAGAUCAACCCAAUGUCUUCGAAAUGCCACAAGUACAUAAUAACCACCACAGAGUACACCACAAAAUGGGUCGAGGCGAUACCUCUCAAAGACUACGCCGGGGCAACUAUUGCAGCAUUGAUCAAAGAAUACAUCAUCUGCAGAUUUGGCGCACCCAUGAUUAUCAGAGAAGAUAAUAUAAAAUCAUUUGUGAACAAAGACGUGAUAGAUCUGAUGCGUCAAUAUAAUGUAAGGCUUCACACGUCCACCCCCUACUAUCCUCAGGGAAACGGGCAUGUGGAGGCAAGCAAUAAGACGCUCAUCAGGAUCCUGAGCAGGACAGUGGAGGAUCACCAUAGAGAGUGGCAUGAACAGCUCCCACUCGCGGUAUGGGCAUAUAGAAUCUCGAAACGAACGUCUCCAUAUUCUCUGGUCUAUGGGGAAGACGCGAUAUUUCCGGCAGAGAUUGGAAUUCCAUCCGCAAGAGUAGCCAUGGCUAGUCAUACGACACCGGACGAAGUAAGCCGCUUUGCCCAUUUAGAUACAAUAGAAGAAAGGAGAGCACGGGAAGAACGGUUUACACGGGCAUACAGAAAUCUCACAGCAAAUUACUACAACCAGAGUGUAAAGGAAAGAAAAUUCGAAGUGGAUUUGGUCCUUAAGAUCGCUCAUCAUGUACAAAAAAAUGCUAGUACAGGAAAAUUUUCCGCAAACCACAAAGGACCCUUCAAAGUAAGGAAGGUGUCAUAA